GAAAAAGAACGUGUGCGCCACUUCCCCACUUUAUCCGAAGGUUCCCCCCAGCAAACACAGGGACACAUUAAACACAACACAAUCCUCCUUUGACAUAUCACUGCGUUCCGAGAGCCCCAGCGGCGGCAUAGAUGCCUGCAGCAGCGGCGCGAGGGGAACGGACUGACGCACAGCAGGAACGGCGCACGCCGUCCACAGUCGCUCCACAUACGGAUAUACGCGCGCGGCUCACGGGGCUGGACGGGAGCUCGAGCCCCGGAAGGAUCACUUGUACGGGCUUAUCCGAUGCAUGAGACGGCGGCUGAGGCACGCGGUCUGACGGUCGGUGUCGGAAUCACGCUGUGAUUAACGGAUUUUUUUUUGAACCCUAACCCUAACCCUGCCGGGACAGAUGAAUACAAAUGAAUUUAGCGACCCGAAGGAGAGAUUGCAGAACCUCUCGACUCGACCCAAAGAGAGCAUUACUCCUCUGUACUCUUCUCUACUGUAGUUGUCACCUGGGACUUGCUCAAAUAUUCUCUGAAGAUGUGGACGUGCUACAGAGACUGGGUUUGCGUGGAGGUCAGGGGUCACGUUCCGCUCCUCCCGGGGUCAUCUCCGUGCCAACGGGGGUCAUCCUUACAUCACGGGCUCGCCUGGCAACACCCGUCCUCUCCCUCUUACCUACCGCCGGAAAGCACACACCAGCCCCGACACACAUGGACUUGUCACUGCUCGUGAGCCUGCGCCUGCACCGCCGAAACUCUGCCUUCCUCUUCUCCGUCCUCUCCGGCUCCCGACUACAGCUGGGCGUGGAACUGUCGCCUGGUCAGCUGACCGUCCAAGCUGGCUCGCCCUCCACAACAGCCACGACGACAAACUCUCAGGCCCGCUCGGGGCAGGCGCAGGGCAGCACGCCCCCACCGCCCAACACGGUCAGUUUCCCGCUGGACCUGCAUGACGGCCGCUGGCACUCCCUGGCGCUGUCUGUGAACGGCCGACGGGUGACACUGCAGGGGGGCUGCAACCAAAAGGUUCAGACCCAGCUCUUCCCCUCUGAGCCCGUACCCCUCGACCACCGUGGCAGCUUCCAGCUGGGCAGAGGUGGCCCACGCCUGACUGGCGUGGCCCUGGAAGGGGCGAUCUGCCAGCUGGAGCUGGUCAGCUGGGACCGGGUGGCAGACGGCCAGUUCUGCAGCACCAUGCGCCCGGAGUGCAAGGAGGAUGCCACCACCUUUUCUAACCACAGUCACCCCUUGCUUCCUCUUCUCCCGGUCUCGGACGAGGUGUUACCAUGGAAAGCCCCUCUUGUCGUGGGAACCCUCUCCACCAACCUGGUACCGCCAUCUCCCCGUGCACCAUCACAACGGACCCAAACUGUAGCCCCGGCAAGGACUCCAACGCCUCGGCCGCCACCCAGACCAACGGACAGGAAGGCCUCCCCCAAACCCCCCACGACUAAGCCCAAACCCAGCUCUGCCAAGCCAACCGCCCCCAAAUCCACAGCCCCUAAGCCCUACAAGAAGCCCACUCCCACUAAACCAGCUACCACCAAGAUCACCACCAUCAAAAAAAACACCCCACCAAAACCCACCUCAAAGAGGCCCACUACAGCAGCAAAGCCCACGCAUAGUAAAAAGCCCUCCACCCCUCAAGCUCUGCCCGCCCUUAAGCCAACCCCUAAGAAAGUCACGGUGAAGAAGCCCACCGCCUCAACAAUACCCGUUUCCAAACCCACCAAGGAAGCAGUGCCCACUUCCCGUCCACCCACCAGAAAGAGCCCACGCCUGGCCGUGACGCCCUCUCCGCCCAGGGUCACCCUGGAGUCCCCGCCGACCUUGGCCAUGGACCAGUUUAUCACCUACGACCCAGAUCUUUCCGAGGUGCUCCUGCUGCCAGGACCCCCUGGGCUAAAAGGAGAGCCUGGUUUUCCGGGAUCUCCUGGACCACCGGGCAAGCUAGGCCCUCCAGGGAAGCAAGGGGCACGGGGGCCUGCUGGACCUCACGGCAAACCGGGACGACCAGGUCCCCCAGGGCUGAAGGGCCACAAGGGAGACCCAGGACUUUCUCCAGGAAAAGCACCUAAUGGAGAUAAAGGAGACCCAGGCAUCAUGGGGCCUGUAGGAUUGCCUGGUCAGGCUGGGCGGACGGGUCAGAAGGGCCAUCCAGGUCCAGUUGGCCUACCAGGAGAGCAAGGUUUGAUUGGUAUUGACGGGUUGUCCGGUGCCAAAGGUUAUCCUGGCAGGCAGGGUUUGCCUGGGCCUAUAGGACCUCCUGGACCAAAAGGAGCACGGGGCUUUAUUGGAAUCCCAGGACUAUUUGGUUUACCUGGAGCUGAUGGAGAGCGAGGUAUGACGGGACCACCAGGGAAGAGAGGGACGAUGGGUAGGCCGGGGUUUCCUGGUGAUUUUGGUGAGAGGGGACCACCAGGAACUGACGGGGAACCAGGCACACUUGGACCUCUGGGGCCUCCUGGAGUCCGUGGCUUAAUCGGCGAUAUGGGGCCUGCAGGUCCUAUGGGAUUGACAGGACCCAUCGGCUUAAAGGGGGUGUCUGGGAAUGUGGGCCCCGUCGGACUGAAAGGUGAUAAGGGGGACAUCGGCAUUCCUGGCAAGAAAGGAGAGAUCGGCUUCUCGGGAGACAAGGGUAUCCAAGGCAUCCCGGGGUUGACAGGUCUACGAGGCAAACCAGGCCCUCAGGGUAGGCCAGGCGAAAGAGGUCCAGACGGGUUACCUGGUCCCCCAGGACCAGAGGGAUUCCCUGGAGACAUCGGACCACCCGGACACAACGGCCUUGAAGGUCCAAAGGGAAAGCUCGGUGUACGAGGAUUACCUGGGCCCAAAGGAAUUGGUGGUCUCCUGGGCGACGAGGGGCCAAUAGGCCCGCCCGGGCCACCAGGACACGAGGGCCUCAUGGGCCGCAAGGGUUUCGCUGGGAAAACAGGGCCCGAAGGAGACAAGGGUGAAAUAGGAAUCUUGGGAAAGGUUGGACCCAUGGGUGAAAAGGGCCUGAUUGGUUUCAUGGGACCUGUUGGCGAGACGGGCCUGGCGGGAGAGAAGGGGGACCGUGGUGAGAUGGGCCAUCCAGGACCACCAGGCGAGAAAGGAUCGACAGGUCACCCAGGACCUCCCGGGGAGGCGGGGCCUCCGGGACCCCAAGGGAUGCCAGGUACUCCUGGUUCUCGAGGACCCAUUGGUAGCAAAGGACCCAAAGGCAGACGGGGACCCCGUGGUCCUGAUGGGAUGGGCGGCGAGCGUGGAGUGGAGGGCAAGAAGGGCCCUGAUGGACCACCAGGGAAGAUUGGUUUCCCGGGCAUUGAGGGGAAGCUGGGAGAGCCUGGAGAGAGGGGGCUUAAGGGUUUUCCGGGUACUCCAGGCCCCUCCGGCCCUCCAGGAGAUAAGGGGAUACCGGGAGAACCGGGACCUCCAGGUGCUCCAGGAACUGUGGGACCUCUUGGGGAUAUGGGCCUGAAGGGUCCUCCUGGUAAAGUUGGGGAUUCAGGACUGGGAGGCGAGCCGGGAGAAAAGGGGGCACUGGGACCACCAGGGAACGGAGGCGAGGCUGGACUCCUUGGCCCGAGGGGAGAGCCAGGAUUAGAGGGAGAAGCUGGACAUUCUGGACCUGAUGGACUCAAGGGAGAGAAGGGGGACAUGGGUCCGGAGGGAGGCCAGGGGGAGAGGGGCGAGCUUGGACACAAUGGCAAAGAUGGACCACCUGGAGAUCCUGGACGCACCGGCAUAAGAGGACCUGAAGGAAAGCCUGGGAAGAUUGGUGAGCGUGGCAAAGUAGGCUCCAAGGGUGCCAAAGGUCAUCAAGGUCACCUGGGAGAGACGGGGCCCAUGGGAAAAAUCGGAGCCACCGGCACUGUGGGCCCAAAAGGAUCAAGAGGAACCCUCGGACACGUGGGUGCACCGGGACGUAUGGGCCAGCAGGGGGAGACAGGCAUCCCAGGCUACGAGGGUCACCAAGGCCCAAUAGGCCCUCUUGGACCUCCCGGAUCCAAAGGUGAAAAGGGGGAGCAGGGGGAUGAUGGGAAGGUUGAGGGGCCUCCUGGUCCUAUCGGACUCAGAGGACGAGUUGGUGAUAGAGGAGAUCGUGGGGAAUCCGGCGAUCCAGGAUACAAAGGCCAACCAGGUGUGGACGGAGAGAGAGGAAGAGCUGGGGCUCCUGGCUCACCUGGCCACCCUGGAACUCGAGGACCUCAAGGGCCGAAAGGAUCCAAAGGAGAAGUGGGUCAGAAAGGCAAGCAGGGUCCAACAGGAGAAAGAGGAAGCCGAGGAUCACCGGGUGUUGUGGGUUUGCCUGGGCCUCGCGGCGUGGUGGGCAGAGAGGGGUCAGAGGGCACGCCAGGUGAAGACGGCGCUCACGGCAAGGACGGCAGCAAGGGCGUUCCGGGGGACCAAGGCGACGAUGGGGCGUUCGGCCCUCCUGGUAAACCUGGAGACCGUGGUAAACUUGGCGUGGUGGGCUUACCUGGCGAUCAAGGUGCUUUCGGACCAAAGGGCGAGCGGGGUCUGCCAGGGCACAUGGGCCCCGCGGGGAAGAGAGGCCACAAGGGAGGCAUGGGCCUGCCUGGAGCUCAGGGCGUUAAAGGAGCCAAGGGCCAGCCUGGGGACGCGGGAGAGCCAGGAUUUCCAGGGAUCCUUGGAAUAUUUGGACCACAGGGGCCUCCUGGGGACAUGGGUCCAAAGGGCAUCCGAGGGCCUAAGGGGCCACAGGGCGGCGUGGGAAGAAUUGGUGCAAUGGGCCCUCCUGGAACCAUAGGACCAAUUGGUAAUCCUGGUAUAAAAGGCGACAAGGGAAGCGGGGGAGAAAAUGGUGUGCGAGGACCAAGGGGUGCAGCUGGACCUCGUGGACCACCAGGACCUCCAGGUCCUCCUGCUAUACAUCCAUCAAUGAAGCAGAAUGACCUUGCAGCUCUGCAGGUGUUCAUUGACUCACACACUCCUCAUAAGCGAGAGACAGGAGUGAUGCUGGAUGAGGCGGUGGGUCUGCUGGAGACUCUGCAUGACCUGCUGGCUGCCAUGCACAGCCUGCAGAACCCCGAGGGCAGUCAGCGCAACCCUGCACGCCUCUGCAGAGACCUACACCACUGCCAGCAAGCACACACCCACGGCACUUACUGGAUCGAUCCAAAUCUGGGCUGCUCCUCUGACUCCAUACAGGUCAUAUGCAAGGAUGGACACACUUGCCUCAAGCCAAUAACAGCUGCCAAGUUGGAGAUCAGUGUUGGACGCGUCCAGCUGAACUUCAUCCAAUUACUGAGCAUGGAGGCGGAGCAGAGCGUGACGGUCCACUGCUUCAAUGUCAGCGUGUGGAGCCCCGCGCGGGGGCUGCCGCCUUCCCAGAGGGCUGUGCGCUUCCGAGGCUGGGGAGGGGCGGAGCUGGAGCCCACCGUUCUGGAGGACACCUGCUGGCAAAAAGACGGACAAUGGCAUCAAGUGCGUUUCCAGUUCCGAGUGGAAGAUGCAACCCUGUUGCCUGUCACUCACAUCGCCAACCUGCCGGACGGUUUGCCUGACUCCCGAUACCACCUGGAGGUCGGACCUGUGUGUUUCCUCUGAGCACACAGCGUGUGUCCGGGCUUCUCUGUGUGUCUGUGUGUAUUGUGUGUGUGUGUGUGUGAUGCAGUGGUGGGAAACCCUCCCCACAGCCAACCAAAGGAGCGAAAGAGGAGGAAAAGAAAAAAAACCUCCACUGUGCACACACACCACAGCAACACAUCAUCCUAUUGGACCAGUCUCCUCCUCGCCCCUCUAAGUACUCAGCCUCUCAUUGGACUGCAGAACCAGGAAGUGUUGUUCGGGGGGCAAUGA